GCCACAUCGGGCACCUCAUCCGCCCCUCCCGCUUGUCACUCACUCCGCCGCCGACUCGCGGUGUAGGUUAGCUGCUGUCUAAAGACGUUAGGUAUCAUUCUAAGUGCGAGUUUAGUUAGCUCCGAGCAAUUCCGGCAACCACAUACGUAGGCAAUGGCGGCCACAGCCAGGGACCCUCCGCCGAACCACAGCGACUUCCAGGAGGUGGAGGACGCUGAGGACCUGUUCCCGGAGCUGGCGGGCGGCCCUCGCGAGGAAGUGGACCUAAGCGGGAAGAACUCCAACGGGCCCAAGCAGGACUUUGACCAUGACACAGAUGACCUGUUUGCAGAGGCCACAGAGGAAGUGUCGCUGGACAGUCCGGAGAGAGACGUACUGCUGUCGGACGGACCCUCUCCUGCCAUUACGCCCAUCACGCCACCCACCUCCGUCCUCGCGCCACGUAUAGGACAUGCCCAUGACGAUAUGUUUACACAUUCCUCCUUCGACGAGGUAGAAGAAGAUGAGUCCAGCGACAUCUUGGAAGUUCUCAUCUCUGUGUCAGAUCCUGAGAAAGUCGGUGACGGCAUGAACGCGUACAUGGCCUACAAGGUUACCACCAAGGUGUCGCCGUCUUCAUCGUUGUUCAGGCUCCCCGAGUUCUCGGUCAAGCGUCGCUUCAGUGACUUCCUGGGCCUUCACGGGAAGCUGGCAUCCAAAUACAUGCAUGUGGGCUUCAUCGUGCCCCCCGCGCCAGAGAAGAGCAUUGUGGGAAUGACCAAGGUGAAGGUUGGGAAGGAGGACCAAUCGUCUAACGAAUUUGUGGAGAAGAGAAGGUUGGCCUUGGAGAGGUACCUGAUGCGCACAGUACAGCAUCCUGUCCUGCUCAAGGAUCCUGACCUCGUUCAGUUUCUGGAGAGUUCCGAGUUGCCGCGGGCCGUCAACACACAGGCUCUGAGCGGCGCAGGCCUCCUCAGGAUGGUCAACAAGGCGGCUGACGCAGUCAACAAGAUGACCAUCAAGAUGAACGAGUCGGACGCUUGGUUCGAGGAGAAGCAACAACAUUUUGAGAAUCUCGAUGUACAACUGAAGAAACUGCACGCCAGUGUCGAGUCACUUGUGUGUCACAGGAAAGAGUUAUCUGUGAACACGGCGCAGUUCGCCAAGUCGGCGGCCAUGUUGGGCAACAGCGAGGACCACACGGCGUUGUCCCGAGCUUUGUCUCAGCUGGCCGAGGUGGAGGAGAAGAUGGAGCAGCAGUACCAGCAGCAGGCCAACGCUGACUUCUACUUUCUGGCUGAGCUCCUCGGAGACUACGUGCGCCUCCUCGCCGCCGUCAAGGCCGUGUUUGAGCAGCGUGUGAAGGCCUGGCAGAAAUGGCAGGACACUCAACUUCUACUGCAGAAGAAACGAGAGGCCGAAGUUAAACUGCAGUUUUCAAACAAAUCUGACAAAGUGCAGCAGGCCAAAGACGACAUCAAAGAGUUGGAGGACAAAGUCCAGCAGGGCGAGCGCGACUUUGAGCAAAUUUCCAGAAUCAUCCGGCGAGAAGUGAGUCGCUUUGAGAAGGAACGAGUCAACGACUUCAAGAACAUCAUCACCAAAUACUUGGAAGCCCUCGCACUCACGCAACAACAGCUGAUUAAGUACUGGGAAGCGUUCUUACCAGAGGCCAAGGCAAUCUCAUAGAUCACCCACAAUGCACCUGGCCUCCUUGUUUCUGCACUAACCAGGAGCUCACAUGCUAAUUGAACCCCCUGAGACCACAUUCUCCUCCUCUUUUUUCAUCAUCACGUGACUGGGGCGGAGCUUCUUUUUCUUUGUUUUGAAUGCACCGCUGGCCCAAGACGACGUCCACUUUUUGUGUUCGUGAAGUCAGAAUCUUUGUGAACUUUUCUUCUUUCGCCAAACUUUCUUGUCUUGUUCAGAGACAACCGCAUAAAAAUGAAACGUUACAUUUUUAAAAUAGGCCGUAUUAGUUUACUAGCUAAUUAUUCAAUUGUAAACAAUAAUUUUAAAACGCUUUUAACAUCUACAAUUAUCCCCAUUUCUUUUAGAAGUUUCACUCUUUGGCAAUGACGGCUAAUGUGCUAGCCGGUUAACUAAUUGGUAACACUAGCCACAACACAAUGCUGAAUUUUAGAUGUAGCGUUAACCUUUUUCCAAUAAUUCUGCCUUUUGGGAGAAUUUUUUGAACAUUUAUUUUUAUUAUAUUAUAAAAUUUCUAGUUAAUGUUAGCUGGCUAACUAAGCGCUAAUUAGCUCGUGGCAGGUUGUCCAGGUGAAAAAAUGCUACCGCUUGUCACUUUUAAUGCCUCCCAACGCUAGCUCCAUCGCUGCUAGCACUACAGCAGCAUUGAAUUGUUAACGUAAAGUCAACUUUUCUCUCUGAUUUAGCUUCUCAUGCUAAUCAAGGAGUAUUUUACUUUUGGGAGCAGCUAAUCUAAUCAUGCUAAUUUAUUAUGACAAAAAUGUGAACUGAGAAAAGGCGUCCGCCAGUUUUCAAAAACAUUGCUAAGUGGGGACAAGUGCUCAAAAUGCCUUGGACUUGAUGAUUCUCAUUUUUUUUACGUUAACCACUUAAAUGCCUCGCUAACUUGCAACUUGGUAGUGCGGCCUGCCUGCCCCUAUGAUCUUAAUACACUUAAAAUGUUUGUAAUUAAUCAAUACAUGCAUGACGUCUAUUUAUUAUUCAAUUUCUACACUUCUACAAGGCAUUCACGCCGAAGAUGCUAGACAGCUAACUAAUUGCUAACUAGCUUGCGGCAGGUUACUCAGUUGGAGAGAUGCUAGCGCUAGUCACUUGUAACACCUCCCCACACACGCUGGAUCACCAGUGGUGACUUUUUUCUCAUCUCUUUGAAUUAACGUCACACGCUAAUCGAGUUCGACUGGUGAGACGGUGUUUUCUUUUUUUUGGAAGCAGGUAAACGAAUCAACAAAAUGCUAAUUCAUGUCGCUAAAAUGUAAAAAGAAGAAAGCUGUCCAAUAUUUUGUGAAGACGUUGCUAACGGGAAUAAUGUUUGGAAAAAUGUGACAGACGAAGCCUCAACCUUGACUGAUUUUGUAUACUAUAAUACUAUGCUAACUAGAUACUGACUGCGAGAUUAUGUAACGAUUGAAGAGCAUAUUUUAAUGAAAUAACAUUGAAAUUUUUCACCGCUUUGUCUUAUUUACCUGAUUUAGUUUUUCCCCCCACCCACUAAUUUGAUUUGAUUUGAACAGUUAUUUUUAUUUUUGCCAAUGAUGAAGUUUCAUAUUUUGCAACUUUGCUGUGAAAUGACAUUUACUUGUGACGGAAAAGAUGAAAAUAAAGAAUGUAUCCUCAUCA